AUGGCGAGCGCUGCGAAGAGGCUCAUGGCCGCAUCAGCGGUCACCGCUGCCGGUUUCAUUGGCUUCAGCUACACCAACCCCGCUUGGACACAGCGGCAUUUUGAUACAAGGAAAGUGCCGCCCCUUCAGGUGAUGGAGAAUCCAUCGCGCGAAGAGUGCCUGGGGAGACUGAAGGCAUUCAACACCGCCGAUAGUCCAAUGGAUGUGCUUAUUGUUGGUGGUGGCUCCGUCGGUGCAGGGGCUGCGCUUGAUGCCGUCACACGUGGUCUAAGUGUUGGACUCGUGGAGAUGAAUGACUAUGCGAGUGGGACGAGUAGCCGAAGCACUAAACUCAUCCACGGCGGCAUCCGCUAUCUUGAAAAGGCGGUGUUUCAGUGCGAUGUUCAGCAGCUGAAACUGGUGGCAGAGGCAUUGAAGGAACGCAUCAUUAUGAUUCAUCAAGCACCACACCUCUGUCAUGACAUUGCCACCAUAAUCCCAUGUUAUGAUCCAUUUGAUAUAAUAAUGUACUGGUGUGGUGUAAAGGUGUACGACCUGAUUGCCAUGUGGGAGCGCGGUACCCUCCGGUAUGCCGGGUUCCUUACCCCGUACAACACCCUAAAACGCUUCCCGCUUCUUCGGCACGAGAAUCACAACGGAGAAUUACUGCUCGGUGCUGUACAGUAUUACGAUGGGCAGAUGAAUGACGCACGUCUGUGUCUUUCGGUGGCACUCACGGCAGCCAGUUACGGGGCGGCCACGGCCAACUACGCCAAAGUGGAGAAGAUGGAAGUUGUUCAGAACAAAAUGGGAGAGCCGGUGGUGAAGUCCCUCGUCCGUGACCGUGUGAAACAAGAGAACUUUACAGUGUACAGCAAGGCCGUCAUAAAUGCUGGUGGCCCGUUUAGUACACAGGUGCAGCAGCUCAUCGCAGGAAAGAGCACUACGCGCAUGGCCCCCAGCUCCGGCACGCAUAUAGUUGUCGGGCCCAAGUACUGCCCCAAGGACAGCGCCAUGGUGGUACCUUCCAACGAUGGACGUGUUGUGUUUGGAAUUUCGUGGUUGGGUAGCUGUCUGGUUGGCACAACAGACAACAAGUGCGAAGUCACUGAAGAUGUGCGACCUUCAGAGGCGGAUGUGCAGUUCCUCCUCAAAAAUUUGGAGGAAUAUGUUGGCAAAGUGCCACGUGAAGAUGUGCUGUCAACGUGGAGUGGCAUUCGCCCACUCGCUCUCCCUGACGAGACAUCGGGUAAUGACACGCAGAGCAUCGUGCGUGAGCACAUGAUCUCGGUGGACAAGGAGAACCUUAUGCUGAGUGUUACAGGGGGGAAGUGGACAACGUACCGCAAGAUCGCUCAGGACACCGUUGACCGUCUCCGCGACACAGUGCUGCAGAAGCGUGCGCCUUUCAAGCCGUGCGUGACAGAGGAUCUGCAAGUCAUUGGCGCCCACAACUUGGCCGUAGUACCUGCCACAGCGCCCAACGGCAUCCCUGACGAUGUUCACGGCCACUGGCGCAGCAACUACGGCGAUCGCUACGAUGUCCUGCUCGACAUGGUGCGCCAGAACCCAAAUUUACUAAAGCGACUGCACCCAGAAGAGCCGAUUGUAGAGGCAGAGGUGGUGUAUGCAUCACAGCGGGAGCACUGCGAGCGUGUGCAAGACUUCCUUGCCCGUCGCACGCGGGUGUCUUUCCUCAACGUGGAGCACGCAAAAGUAAUGAUUCCUGAGGUUGCGCGGGUGAUGGCGGAGAUGAAACACUGGGGCCGCGCUAAGAAGAAUGAGGAGCUGGCCAACGCCUUCAGCUCUUUGGAGUUCUUUAGGGGUAACUAA